AUGGAAUUGCUACCUGAGGGACAACGAAACACAGCCACCGAGGUCAGUUGGGAAGACCAACAGAAAAUCAAUAAAUUCUCCACGAUAAUAUCGAAGAAAGAUCAACAACAAGCAAUACUAGAGAAAUUGAAAACCGAAAAGGAGUAUCUUGACGAUUUGUCAACCGAGUUGGAAUUGCUAGAUGAGGACGAAUUGGUACAGUACAAGAUUGGCGAUGGAUUCGUGUUUAUAAAGACUAGUAAAGCCUUGAGCAAGAUUGAGGCUGAUGAUGAAGCGAUUUCGGAAAAGAUUGAGCGUGUUGAAGAGUUGAUAGAUGGGUUUGAUGAACAAUUGGAAGAGUUGAAGAAGCAUUUAUAUGGCAAGUUUGGAAACAAUAUCAACUUGGAGAGAUGA